AUCCACUCUGCCUCGGCUUGUGCAGUACACAAACCAGAUGGGAUAAUCGAUCGAUCUAGAAAGAAAAUUCGCCGCUUAUCUAAUCUAAUCAACCAUGGGCUCGAUCACGUGGCGACGGCGGGGUUAUCUUAUCGGGGACUUGUUGCGCCUCCUCCCCUCCUCUUCUCUCUCACGCCUUCAUCUUCCGCCACGUUCUUUGUGAUUUUCUCGCCUUCUAGCCAGCUCUCACCAAAGGUCUCCCACAGCUGGCUUUCUGGGGCUUUCUCAGACCAUCUGAACUACUGACAACUCAGUUCCACAGGGUCUAGUACGCUUCGGCCAAGUACUGAUCUAGUACCGGUAUUCGUCGAGAAGGGAGACAGUUGCCUCAGGUGGUUUGGGUCAUUCCUAGAUAUAAAGAAGACCGGUUUCAUUUGAGAAACACAACGGGCGGAAGAAAAAAUACCGUCAUCUUGGGUUUAAGUUCUUGUAUCGCACUUGUUCAAGAUAUCGACUGCAAGAAAAUGGCAAGUCCAGCCCAAUGCUACUAUUGUUUCGAGACUCUCGCGGCGUCCUUCAAAGGCCUCGAGCCUCCCAGUCUUUCGACCGUGGAGGACCUCGGGGAAAGGCACGAACAAUUUAAAAAGCUAGCCGCUUUGCAAGACAACAUGGAUGGCACCAUUGACGAAGACGACGAUCCAACCAAAUCUGACUACGCACCAGCCAUCAAGCCACCAGGUGUCCGCCGGCUUCAGAGUGAGAUGUCGUUAGAUUCUAGCCCAUCGAAUUCCCCGUCUGAGAUGUCGAACAAUUCGUCACACUCGGCCCUAUCGAACUUGACGGGUAACACGACGCCCAGCUCUCAGUCUCUUCAGCCAGAGUCGGCAGGUCACCUUGCCCGCAGGGAGAAAACUCAGCGGUAUCCGUUGUUUGUCACGUGGAACACCAUCUCGAAGAGCGGCCACAAGUCUCUGCGUGGAUGCAUUGGAACCUUCGAGGCGCAGGAACUCUCUGCUGGCCUCAAGUCCUAUGCCCUCACUUCCGCUUUUGAUGACACACGGUUUUCCCCGAUCCCGGAACAGUUGUUACCGUCGCUGUCGUGCUCGUUGACACUGCUGGGAACGUUCGAGCCUUGCACCAACGCCUUAGACUGGACUCUGGGCGUGCACGGGAUCCGUAUCUCCUUCAUCCACCGCGGCAGACGGUACGGUGCCACCUACCUCCCAGAUGUCCCGGUGGAACAAGGCUGGACCAAAGAAGAGACAAUUAAAAGCUUGAUGCAAAAAGCCGGCUGGGACGGAGCCACCGAGAACGCUGCGCGGAGGUUCCUCCGAGGCAGCAGCAGCAGCGCCGCUUCCAGCACCGCCCCCACCAAUCCCUGGGACCAGGUUUCGGAUUUCCGUGCUGUCAAGUACCAAGGUCACAAGGCGUCGGCAACCUAUGCGGAAUGGCAGGCCUGGCGGAAGUGGGUUCUGUCUCUGGAAGACGGAAGUGACAAGCUUUUGUCUCCGGAGGCCUGAGGCUGACAAGGGCAAAGAGCUGUGGUUGUCGUUUUUAGUUGAUCUGAAAAUGCCAUCUACAGCGACGUAUUUGACGAUGUGACGGUGUCUAUGAGGACAGUAUGGAGUUUUUAUGGCGUUUUUCAUUUAUUGGGCUUGCGUUAUAUGGGCAGCAGCACUAGACACAUUUCAGGUUUCCUAGAUGUCCACGACUGUGCAUGUCAUUGCUUGACUUUAAUUUAAGCGUUUUUCUGUAUUCC